GUAAGUUCAUGAACCAGCAUUAAGUUCUAAGCAAAGGAUAAUCAGGCUUCAAAAUUCUGACUGUGGUGUUUCCAGCAAGUAGUGUUAAGCAAUGAGAAAAUUCAGUAACACUUUUCAUCACUCUGAUGGCUUUGUUCUGGUGGGCUUCUCUGAAUGGCCCAAACUAGAAAUGGUUCUUUUUCUGGCCAUCUCUGUUUUCUACAUAAUGACCCUCCUUGGGAAUUUAGCCAUCAUUAUCUUGUCAUGCCUUGAUGCCAGGCUCCACACCCCCAUGUAUUUCUUUCUGUCUAAUCUCUCUUUUUUGGACCUUUGCUGUACUACUUCCCCUGUCCCCCAAAUGCUGGUCAACAUCCAAAGCCACUGGAGAAAUAUCAGCUACCUAGGAUGCAUAGCUUAACUUUUCAUAUUCCUUAGUUUAGGAUCCACUGAAUGUGUACUUCUUUCAGUAAUGGCCUUUGGUCGUUAUGUAGCUAUCUGCCAGCCUCUCCAUUACACAGUUAUCAUGCACUCUUGGCUAUGCCAACAACUGGCAGCAGUGGCUUGGGUAACAGGUUUCAGCAACUCUUUGGUGCAAAUAGUGUUGACCUUCUUGUUACCUCACUGUGGUCCAUAUCAGGUGGAGAAUUUCUUCUGUGAGGUACCUGCCAUGCUUCAAUUAUCAUGUGUUGAUACAUGGAUCAAUGAAGUGGAGAUGUAUGCUGCUGUGGUGGUCAUAAAAGUCUCUUAAAAUUUUGAUUAUAAGGAAUUUCACUUAUUCAACAAAUAUUUGAGUGCCUAAUUGUGUGCCAGGCACUGUUCUAGGCACUUUGGAUUUAUCAGUGGACCAACAAAGAACUUUGCACCAUGGAACUUACAUUUUGGUUUGGGAGAAAUCAAUGAUAAGCAAUAGAUACUAAGUAUCAUGUUAGAAGAUGGUAAGUGCUCUGGAAAGGAAAAAUGUGGAGUAUGGUAAGAAGAUGGGGAUUGUGGGGCAGGAGGCAUACAUUGCAAAUUUAAAUAGAGUGGUAAGAGUAGGACUCACCGUAGCUGUGGCAUUUGAGCGAAGACUUGAAGGUGAGAGGAGACAAUGCAGAUAUUUGGGGUAAAAAUGUUCCAGGCAGAGGGAUCAGCCAGUGCAAAGGCCCAGGGAUAGGAGUGUGUUUGGCUUGUCCGAGAGAUAGGAAAGAGGCCAAUGAGAAUGGAAUGGAGUGUGUGAGAAGAGAAUAUCAGAGAGAUUACACAGGGACCUGAUUGGUUAGGGCAGGGGUUGGCAAUUAUUUUCUAUACAGGGCCAGAUAGUAAAUAUUUUAGGCUUUGCAGGCCAUAUGGUCUCUGUCACGACUACUCAAUUCUGCCUUUGUAGCACAAAGGUGGCCAUAGACGAUACUUAAAGCUUUACUGGAAUAUAGCCAUGCUCAUUUGCUUAUUUAUGGACUCUAAAUUUAUUUUAUAUGUCAUAAAAUAUUCUUUUUCUUUUGAUUGUUUUCCACCAUUUAAAAAAUGUAAAAACCAUUUUUAGCUCCCAUUCUUAGCUCAUGGGCCACAUAAAAACAGGUAUCUGGCUGCAUUUGGUCUGUGGGCCAUAGUUUGCAAGCCCAUGGUGAAGGGUUUCCAGGGCCCUUAUAAGAUCUUUUGUUUUGGGACUUCCCUGGCGGUCCAGUGGUUAAAACUCCGCGCUUCCAAUGCAGAGGGCACUGGUUCGAUCCCUGGUCAGAGAACUAAGAUCCCAGAUGCCACGUGGCAUGGCCAAAAGAUUUUUUUUUUAAAAAAAGAUCUUUUGUUUUUACUCAGAGUUUAAAGGGGGAGCCAUUAGCAGGUUUUGAGCAGAUAAGUAAAAUGAUUUGAUUUAUAUUUUUAAGGGAUCACUCUAUGGAAUGAUGUCUAAGAUUUGCUUCAAAAUAAUCUGGAGGGCAGGGUACUAUGGGGGUUAAAGAUGAAUCAAGAUGGGUCAUACAUUAAUAAUUAUUGAGUCUGUAUAAUGGGUAUAUAGGGUUUAAUAUAGUAUUCUCUAUGCUAUUAUGUAGGGUUUUCCAUACUAGAAGGUUAAAACAAAAAUAGGCACUCUGGCUGCUUAUUUGGAGCAGACUGUGAGGAGGGAAGGUUAGGAAUGAGAAAAGCAAUUAGGAGGCUAUUACGAUAAUCCUUGAGAGAUGGCAGUGGUGGCUUUGUCUGGAGUGGUAGCCCUGGAGGUGGUGAAAAGUGGUUGGGUUCCAGGGCUUCCCUGGUGGCGCAGUG